AUGAAGAUUCCUCUUCCUCUUCAUCUUCUUCUAUUCUUCUCAUUAAUACACUUCUCAAAUGGAUGUCUUAAAAUAAAUAUCCUUCCGCCUACGACUACUCUGGCUCCAAAUACCUGUCACUGUGAAGCCCUCCCCUUAAACAGCACAACCAUUCAAGCCUACAUCCAACCGAGUAAUCCAUUCUAUCUCGUUCUCUCCACUGCUACAUUAUCCGCUCCAACUGUUUCAUUCGAUGAGUGCAGUGUAAUGAUGUGGUGUGAUGGAGACUAUAGUUUAGUUGUGUUCGAUGACACUUCCCUUGGAAAAAUAUUCGGCGCCUAUCCUGCAAACGGGUUCUGUGAUGCAGAGAGUCAGGAGUGGUUGGUGGAUACAAGGGAGGGAUUGGGGUUGACUAGGUUUAAUCAGUUAUAUGGAAUAUGUUUUAUUGCUCCGACUACUCCAAGUACCACAUCCUCUACAGUAACCACUCCUAGUACACCAAGCACCACAAGAUCGUCCACUACAGUAUCUUCUACAGUAACCACACCACGACCUACAACUACAACUCCUGCUCCAACUAGUACAACUAAUCCAAGUACUACAAGAUUGUCAUCGUCCACUACAGUAUCUUCUACAGUAACCACUCCAACUACUCCUUCCACAACUUCUCCAUCUACAACUACAUCUACUACAGUAACCUCCACCACAUUAAUCUGUGACUGUGAAUACGUGGCACUUGAUAGAUUCACUAUCCGUAACUACAUCUCUUCGGAUAAUCUUUUCUACAACGACUUGACCUCGGAAAAUGUUGUCCUUCCGAUAGCGACUAAUGAGAGUUGCUCCGUGACGAUGACAUGUCCUACAGGUUACAGUAUGCUAGUGUUUGACAGGACUAAUUUGGAGUCGGAGAAUACUCACAACGUCUCAACAUCUACAACACAUACAACCACCACCAACUCGGAAUGCACUCCGACAUCGCGGUCAACUUUUGUAUACGCAUAUUCUAACGAUAAAUUCGCAAAUGAGUUCCACAGAAUUUGGCCGCCUAGAAACCAAAGCCGAGAUUUCUCUGAUAGAAUGUAUUCAAUGUACGCAACUAUUCGGUUUGACACUGUUGCGGAAGAUGAAAUUCAAUACCAUACAACUUGGGAUGGAACAGGAACUAUGCUGCAAUCAGAAUUGCCGUCGUUAGCAACAACAGCAAUUUAUUUCUGCAGUAUGAUUAUUCAACGGAGGGCACUCAGGUUAUGCAUAUUCGAGUCGUUGGCAGCACAUGCUUGUCGCUGUGAAGCCCUCCCUCUGAACAGCACAACCAUCCAUGCCUAUAUCCAACCGAGUAAUCCAUUCUAUCUCGUUCUCUCCACUGCUACAUUAUCCGCUCCAACUGUUUCGAUCGAUGAGUGUAGUGUAAUGAUGUGGUGUGAUGGAGACUAUAGUUUAGUGGUAUUCGAUGACACUUUCCUUGGAAAAAUAUUCGGCGCAUAUCCUGCAAAUGGGUUCUGUGAUGCAGAGAGUCAGGAGUGGUUGGUGGAUACAAGGGAUGGAUUGGGGCUGACUAGGUUCAAUCAGUUAUAUGGAAUAUGCUUUAUUGCUCCGACUACUCCAAGUACCACAUCCUCUACAGUAACCACUCCUAGUACACCAAGCACCACAAGAUCGUCCACUACAUCAUCUUCUACAGUAACCACGCCAACCACUGCAACAACAACUCCUGUUCCAACUAGUACAACUAGUCCAAGCACUACAAGAUUGUCAUCGUCCACUACAGUAUCUUCUACAGUAACCACUGCCACCACUCCUUCCACAACUUCUCAAGCUACAACUACAACUACAGUAACCUCCACCCAAUCAAUCUGCAACUGUGAAUACGUGGCACUUGAUAGAUUCACUAUCCGUAACUACAUCUCUUCGGAUAACCUGUUCUACAACGAUUUGACCUCUGAAACUGUUGCCCUUCCGACAGUGACUAAUGAAAGUUGCUCUGUCAAAAUGACCUGUCCGACAGGUUACAGUAUGCUAGUGUUUGACAGGACUAAUUUGGCGAAGUUGUUCGGAACUCCAUCUGCCAGUGGACAAUGUGAUGCGACAAGUAACAAAUGGAAGGUUGACACUGGUUCCCGUGUAAAACUCACAACUUUUAAUCAGAUGUAUGGAAUCUGUAUUUUCAAUGAGGACAUGAAUGUGAAUUAUACUCUUCCUUCAACACUCGUUUCUUCCACAACCACCACGCCGCAUAGUUUACCAACUACCACUACAGUAAGAAAUGAAUGCAAUGAGACAUCAGUGACCACUCUGGUGGUUGCUUAUUCAAAUGAUAUCCCAGUAGACGAUUUCACUACACUUUGGGAAUACUUUGAUAUGAUUAAAGUGGAGGAAAAUUUCGACGAGUAUAUUGCGUUCGCGAAUAUUCGAUUCGAUACUGUAAACGAAGACGUCAUGCAAUACCAUAAAUCUUGGGAGGAAAUGGGUGUGUCUAUUAUGGAACGACUUCCUGAUCCAUCUCUUGGUUUCAAAGACGUGGAGACCGGAAGUGAUGUUUUGAAGAUGAUCGAUAAUUUCGCCAGCAGCACUCAAUCACCUGUAUGCCGUGCCAAAAUGUAUAUAUUCGUUUCACGUCAUCAAACCGAGAAGGACAUCGACAAACUAGUUGAGAAGUUACGUUAUCAUCACAUUGCUCCGUAUCUUUUUGUUUUGAAAUCGUCAACUGGAGGUUUUUACCCGGAGACUUUGUAUGAUCUUGCGACCAGGACUAACGGACUGUGCGAAUAUUCUGAUAUCUACAACAGUGCUCGCCUAUUCCCAUCUCUGAGACUAUUUCACGCUACUAAUGUGGUAGUUCCCGGCGGAACCGGUAGUUUCGUUCGUUUGUUUCCACGAUUUAUUGAAGAAGUGUAUUUCUUGAUCAUUUCGGUUCAGGAUUAUGUCCCGAUUAACUCAUUCAAAAUUUUGAACGCAACAUGGGAUAACUCGGUGCCACUUUUACAAAAAACACAAAGUGUACCUAAUGUUUAUGGAAUAUGGUUCAUGCCGGAGAAAAAUUCUACCCAAUUGAGAUUUGAUUACGAUUAUACGGGCAAUACAUCAACAGUUGUGCAUAUUCGAGUAUAUCAGUAUACCGGAUAUCCCCCUGAGUGGCCUGCUUAUACGGAUUAA